AUGAUCUACUUGUUUUACUUUACGUUUAAACUCAAACUCAAAGAGGUAGAUAGAUAUCUGCAAGCCAACAACAGAGAAUUCAACACUCUGUUCAAUUAUCCAAACAAUUCCAUCAAAACCUCAAAAUAUAAUGUCUUGAACUUCUUGCCGGUGAAUCUGUUUGAACAGUUCCAGAGACUUGCAAAUGCAUAUUUCCUCAUCUUGUUGAUCCUACAGUUGAUUCCCCAGAUCUCCUCCUUGGCAUGGUACACAACUGUGAUCCCCCUGUUAGUGGUGCUGUCCAUAACAGCAGUGAAGGAUGCCAACGAUGACCUGAAGAGGCACAAAAAUGACAAUCAAGUCAACAACAAAUCUGUUCUGGUGCUGACAAAUGGCAGGAUGCAAAAGGACAAAUGGAAGAAUAUCCAAGUAGGAGAUAUAAUAAAAGUAGAAAAUAACCAGCAUGUCCCGGCUGACAUGCUAUUACUCUCUAGCAGUGAGCCCUAUAGUCUGGCGUAUAUAGAAACAGCAGAACUGGAUGGUGAAACCAACCUGAAAGUGAAGCAGGCCCUCUCAGUUACCAGUGACUUAGAAGAUAACCUGAAGCUUCUGUCUGCCUUUAAUGGGAAAGUGAAGUGUGAGACUCCCAAUAACAAGUUAGACAAAUUCACAGGAGUACUGAGUUAUAAGGGAAGCAACUACUCUCUGGACCAUGACAAGCUGCUGCUCCGAGGCUGUGUCAUCAGGAAUACGGAUUGGUGCUGUGGCAUGGUGAUUUUUACUGGUCCAGACACCAAAUUAAUGCAGAAUAGUGGAACGUACACCUUUAAACAGACACAAAUAGACCAUCUCAUGAAUAUCCUUGUGAUCUGGAUUUUCCUGAUCCUAGGCAGCAUGUGUUUUAUCCUAGCAAUCGGGCAUGGCAUUUGGCAGAACCAAAAAGGCUACUACUUCCAGACUUACUUGCCCUGGAAAGAAUAUGUCAUUUCAUCAUUUGGGUCUGCCAGCCUCUUGUUCUGGUCCUACUUCAUUAUUCUCAACACCAUGGUUCCCAUUUCUCUCUAUGUCAGUAUUGAGAUAAUAAGAUUGGGCAACAGCUACUAUAUCAACUGGGAUCAGAAGAUGUUUCAUGAACUAAAGAACAUUCCAGCACAAGCUCGCACCACGACCCUUAAUGAAGCACUUGGCCAAGUCAAAUACGUAUUCUCCGACAAAACAGGAACCCUAACUCAGAACAUCAUGCUUUUCCACAAGUGUUCCAUUAAUGGGAUAUCCUAUGGUAAUGUCUUUGACAAGAAUGGACUGAAGGUCGAAAUUUCUGCUGAAACACAAAAGGUUGACUUCUCCUACAACAAACUGGCUGAUCCUAAGUUUUCAUUUUAUGACAACACAUUGGUGGAAGCUGUAAGAAGGGGAGAUCCUCAGGUGUGCUUGUUUUUCCUCUCACUCUCACUGUGUCAUACCGUGAUGUUAGAAGAGAAAGUGAAAGGUGAGCUAAUAUAUCAGGCUCAGUCCCCAGAUGAAGGUGCCCUCGUCACUGCUGCCAGGAACUUUGGCUUUGUAUUCCGCGCCCGCACAUCUGAGACUAUCACAGUCGUAAAAAGGGGGAAAACCAAAGUCUACCAACUGCUGGCUAUUUUGGACUUCAGCAGUGUGCGCAAGCGGAUGUCUGUUAUUGUAAGGACACCUGAAGACCGAGUGAUGUUGUUCUGCAAGGGUGCGGACACUGUCCUCUGUCAGCUACUUCAUCCAGAUUGUGGAUUCCUCAAAGAUGUGACCUUGGAACAUUUAGAUGAUUUUGCCAGAGAAGGUCUUCGCACCCUUAUGGUAGCCUACCGAGAGCUCGACGAUGCAUUCUUCCAGAACUGGAAUAAGAAAUACAGUGAGGCCUGCCUGUCUUUGGACAACCGGGAAAGUAAAAUAUCAAAUGUCUAUGAAGAGGUUGAACGAGAAAUGAUGCUGUUAGGGGCCACGGCCAUAGAAGACAAGCUGCAGGAUCAAGUACCUCAGACAAUUACAACUCUGAGCAAAGCCAAAAUUAAAACAUGGAUUUUAACCGGAGAUAAGCAAGAGACUGCUGUGAACAUUGCCUAUGCCUGUAACGUAUUUAAGGAUGAAAUGGAUGGGCUCUUCAUCGUGGAAGGCAAUGAUAAUGAAACUAUUUGGCAAGAACUCAGAUCAGCAAGGUACAAGAUGAACCCCAACUCUCUACUGAAAUCAGACCCAGUAAACAGUUUCCUCGCCACAAAUCCCAGAACACACUUCACAAUACCCGAGGAGGUACCCAGUGGCAGCUACGGCUUGAUCAUCAAUGGCUACAGUCUGGCCUAUGCUCUAGAAGGGAACCUGGAGUUGGAGCUGCUUCGAACGGCAUGCAUGUGCAAGGGGGUGAUCUGCUGCCGGAUGACACCUCUUCAGAAGGCCCAGGUGGUAGAGAUGGUGAAGAGGUACAAGAAUGUGGUGACACUGGCCAUCGGGGAUGGGGCCAAUGACGUCGGCAUGAUCAAAGCUGCCCACAUUGGCGUUGGCAUCUUUGGCCAGGAAGGAAUGCAGGCCAUGCUCAGCAGCGACUACGCCUUCUCUCAGUUCCACUAUCUUCAGCGUCUACUCUUGGUGCACGGCCGCUGGUCCUAUAUCCGCAUGUGCAAAUUUCUCAGCUACUUCUUUUACAAAAACUUUACCUUCACCCUGACACAUGUCUGGUAUGGCUUCUACAGCGGGUUCUCUGCACAGACAAUUUAUGAUACCUGGUUUAUCGCUUUCUACAACCUGGUCUACACUGCCCUCCCUGUCCUGGGCUUGAGUCUGUUUGAUCAGGAUGUGAAUGAAACAUGGAGCCUACGUUUCCCAGAGCUCUAUGAGCCAGGCCAACACAACCUCUACUUCAACAAGAAGAAAUUUGUAAAGUGCUUAGCUCAUGGGAUCUACAGUUCUUUGGUGCUAUUCUUUAUCCCCAUGGGGACCUUUUAUGACUCAGUGCGAAGUGAUGGAAGAGAAGUCUCUGAUUACCAGUCCUUCUCCCUGGUUGUGCAGACCUCCUUGCUCACAGUGGUCACAAUGCAGAUUGCCUUGGACACAACCUACUGGACGGUGAUAAGCCACUUCUUUAUCUGGGGGAGCCUGGGUUUCUACUUUUGCAUCUUGUUCUUCCUGUACAGUGAAAGCUUGUGCCUAAUGUUGCCCAGCGUCUUCAAUUUCCUAGGUGUGACCAGGAACUCUCUGACCACACCACAAAUGUGGCUGAGCCUUGUCCUCAGUGUGGUCCUCUGUAUCCUGCCUGUGAUCUGGUGGCACCUUCUCAGAUUACUGCUCUGGCCUUUCAGCAUGGGAAAGGUUAUUGAUAGAAUUCAGCAAUGUGUGAAACCGCCACGGCCCCCAAUCUGGUCCAAAGUGAAAGCGAGUGCUCGACGUUCUGCCUAUGCAUUCUCCCACAAACAUGGCUUUGGGGCCCUCAUCACUUCCGGCAAGACAGUGAGGUCCAGGCCCAAGAAAAACGUUACCGUUACCGGUAGAAGCUUUUAGGGAAAUUCCAAAGGAGUUAGUCAUUGUUUUAGCACCCUCAUAUUCAGCCAAUUUAGUAAGGAGGGGCUACAGGACAAGGUCCGGGGCCACAGCGGCUACAUGCUCCUCCACCCUCACUCCCUGGAUGCAGAUUUCAUUCUCUCCAGGGCUGUGCUCCAGCAAGCGGUAAGGCUGGGAAAGAGCCCCAGACGCCGAUUGGGGGCAUUUCAAGAAAGCAAGAUCAGGCCUCCCUUUCACAAACCUUUCUAAGACAAGCAAGUGUGGGAGUAGUGGGUAAGGAAGACCAGAGAGACAUGGGGGAGGGAAAAGACAAUAGGACCCAAGAAUCUUAUCCUUAUAAAUCUUGCCAGGGCCCCAAACAAAUAUAUUCCCACCUGAUACCCCUGUCAGGUUUAUCUGGGAUAAUCAAGGUGAGUCUUUUGCUGGCCCCAGGGCUAGUAAAAGGAGGAGGCAGGUAU